GGCGGCGCCGGCGGGGCGGGCGGCCGGGUGGAGCUGCUGGUCUUCGGCUACGCCUGCAAGCUGUUCCGGGACGACGAGCGGGCCCUGGCCCAGGAGCAGGGACAGCACCUCAUCCCCUGGAUGGGGGACCCCAAGAUCCUCAUCGACAGAUAUGAUGGGCGUGGUCACCUGCAUGACCUCUCUGCGUAUGAUGCUGAGUAUGCCACCUGGAACCGAGACUACCAACUCUCUGAAGAGGAGGCGCGCAUAGAGGCGCUGUGUGAUGAAGAGAGGUAUUUAGCCUUGCAUACGGACUUGCUUGAGGAGGAGGCCAGGCAAGAGGAAGAAUACAAGCGAUUGAGUGAGGCGCUAGCCGAGGAUGGGAAUUACAGUGCUGUGGGGUUUACUUAUGGCAGUGACUACUAUGACCCAUCUGAGCCGACCGAGGAGGAAGAACCUUCCAAACAGAGAGAAAAGUCUGAGGCUGAAAAUUUGGAAGAAAACGAAGAACCUUUCAUUGCCCCUUUAGGAUUGAAUGUCCCGUCUGACGUGGAACUGGUAUGUGUAUUUCUUCUCAAUUCUCUGUCGGCGCUGCUCUGUCUUCACCUUGGGUGCUGCACGUGCAAGAGGACUGUGUUCAUCCAGGACAGCAGUCCAGGCACUCCACGCUGUAGAGAUAGCUGGGGGAAGCAUCCCAAGUCAGGUCCAAACUCUGACAAUGAGGAUGAGGAUGAUGAGGAAGACGGGAGCUAUCUGCACCCAUCUCUCUUCGCUUCCAAAAAGAGCAGCCGCCUCGAAGAGCUGAUGAAGCCCUUAAAGGUGGUGGACCCAGAUCACCCCCUGGCAGCCCUUGUCCGAAAAGCACAAGCUGACAGCUCUGCCCCCACGCCACACACCCCAGAUGGGGCAUCCACGCAGCCCUCACAGGUGGAAUACACGGCCGACUCGACUGUGGCUGCCAUGUACUACAGCUACUACAUGUUACCAGAUGGCACCUAUUGCCUGGCGCCGCCGCCUCCAGGAAUUGAUGUGGCCACCUACUACAGCACCCUUCCUGCUGGAGUGACCGUGUCCAGCUCCCCCGGAGUGACCACCACCGCCCCACCACCUCCUGGAACCACGCCUCCUCCCCCGCCCACUACAGCUGAAGCGGGCAGUGAGGUGACCGCCACGCCCACGACCACCACAAGUGCGCUUGCCCCCGUGGCCGCCAUCAUCCCCCCGCCUCCUGACGUCCAGCCUGUGAUUGAUAAGCUGGCAGAAUACGUUGCAAGGAAUGGCCUUAAAUUUGAGACCAGCGUCCGUGCCAAGAACGAUCAGAGAUUUGAGUUCCUGCAGCCAUGGCACCAGUAUAAUGCUUAUUAUGAGUUUAAGAAGCAGUUCUUCUUGCAGAAGGACGGAGGCGAUAGGACACAGGUGGCGUCAGCAUCAGAGGAGGCCCCUGCAGAAUCUGCUGGCGAGAAGCCAGGGGACUCUGGGGACGACGGGACUCCUGAGGACACAGCUGAGGCAGGAGGCAGAGGUGGCUCUGGCGGGAAGAAGGAGGCCACGUCCAGUAAGAGUGCGGCGGAUGGGAAGCUGGUGAAAGCUUCAUUUGCUCCAAUAAGCUUUGCAAUCAAGGCCAAAGAAAAUGAUCUCCUUCCCCUGGAAAAAAAUCGAGUUAAGCUAGAUGAUGACAGUGAAGACGAUGAAGAAAGCAAAGAAUGCCAGGAGAGCUGUAGCAGUGCAGCCACCACCAGCCCUGCCAUAGCCGCACCCUGUGUGGUUGUCGAGGAGAAGAAGCCCCAGCUUACCCAGGAGGAGCUAGAAGCAAAGCAAGCAAAGCAAAAGCUGGAGGACCGCCUUGCAGCUGCGGCUCGAGAGAAGCUGGCCCAGGCAUCCAAGGAGUCAAAGGAGAAGCAGCUUCAGGCUGAACGUAAAAGGAAGGCGGCUCUAUUCUUACAGACCUUAAAAAAUCCUCUGCCAGAGACAGAAGUGGGAAAGCUUGAGGAGAGCCCCUUUGGCACUGAGGAAGCCAGUCCUGUGCCCUGUCCUCUGCUGGCUGGAGGCAGACCUCUGCCCACUGUGGAUGCAAAACCGCCGGAAAGGCCUUCAAGCAAAAGCAGAGAUCCACCCCGAGAAGAAGAGAGAGAGAAGAAAAAGAAAAAGCACAAAAAACGGUCUCGGACUCGCUCUCGCUCUCCCAAAUACCGCCCGUCCUCCAAGUCCAGGUCCAGGCCCCACUCGAAAGCCAGGCACUCCCUGCCCAGUGCCUACCGGACAGUGCGGCGCUCAAGGUCACGCUCCCGGUCCCCUCGGAGGAGAGCACACUCCCCUGAGAGACGGCGGGAAGAGAGAAGCGUCCCCACUGCGUACCGAGUGAGCAGCAGCCCGGGGGCCAGCAGGAAACGAACUCGCUCCAGAAGUCCCCAUGAGAAGAAGAAGAAGCGGCGGUCGAGGUCUCGGACCAAGGCCAAGGCCCGGUCCCAGUCCUCCUCCCCCAGCAAGCAGGCAGCCCAUCGUCCAGCGGCCCAUGCCGCCCACUCGGCCAGCAUCUCUCCUGUGGAGAGCCGGAGCUCCAGCCAGGAGCGUUCCAGGGGAGUUUCUCAGGAAAAAGAUGGCCAGAUCUCCUCAGCAAUCGUUUCCUCUGUGCAGAGCAAAAUCACUCAGGAUCUCAUGGCCAAAGUAAGAGCGAUGCUCGCAGCUUCCAAAAACCUGCAGACCAGUGCGUCCUGAGGCACAGCCACCAUGGGAGCCAGUCGUGCGCAUCAUCGCCUGCUGGUGGGGCCACAGCUCCAGGACUCUGGGCACCGAAGCGGGAGCAGGGCAGCUCGCGCCUGCAGACCCCCACAGCCAUCUGGGUUCUUCUCCAGACUCCCUGGGACCGUCGGUGGCUUUUGUAAAUUUUUGAUGACAUUUUCAGCUUAAGAUUUUUGACCAGCAAUCUCUUACCUGUAUAUUUGUAAAUAAUAUCAUGUUUCUGUGGAGAUGUAUUAUCGAAUAAAAUGGGAAGAAAGCUCUUUUCUAGCUCA